AGAAUAACAACAGGAUAAGGGUGAGGUUGUUUUGGGGAAGAAUAAAAAUAAAAUAAAAGAAAAAAAAAAUAGAUAAAAAAAAACAAUAUUUUGGGAUGGGGAGUGGAGAAAGUGCAAAAGAUAAAAGCAGAUAGGUGAGAAAGUUGAGAAAGUGGUGGGUGUCUUGAGUGGAGAGAGAGUUCCAGCACAAAAGCCAAAUCAAUACUGUACGAAACCAACUAGUCUAGGGUGCUCUAAAUAAGAAGAUAAACAAGAGGGUGAGGAUCUGAUGUGCAAUAUAAGAAAAUAAACAUAGAUAUAUAUAUAUAGAGUUAUAUUAAAAUAAGAGAAAGUGGAGUGGGUGCAUGUGUGUCUGUCGGGUUUUUUUUGUUUUUUUUGUUUUUGUUUUUGGUGGCAACACUCCAAACCCGAGAGAGUGGCCUUCAACACCCCAAAAGAGGCUUGUCCUGCUUCUUACAUCUUGUUUCAUCAGGAAAACCAAAAGGGAAAUAAACCAAGAAAAUAAAAACAAAAAAAUUCAUAAACAGACCACCUCCACGACAAACGAACCACUGAAACACCAAUAGAGAUGCUAAAGACUAAUAAUCUCAAGCAUAGCAAUAGGACCACUGCUCAUCCUCACCGGCGGCAGAAUCAGCAGUCAAGCAACAUGAAGAAGCCGCGGCAAGGUAAGGAGGGACGGGACGAAGUCGAUGCCGAAUAAGUCGAGGAGGUAGAUGACGAGAUGACGGCGGCGAGCUCGGAGAGGGUGACGAUGUGGAGGGGCAUGGAGUUGCAGUGCUUUGGCGAGUGUUCAUCAUCGAUGAAGGAUCGGAAAGACAAAAGUCAGCAGAGACUGACGCUCUGUUGCUCAAUGAUUGACUUGAAGGAAAAUAAAAACAAGAAGAUCAAUAAAGAGGAAUCUGGUGGUGGUGGUGAUGAUGAUAUAACCAGCAGCAGCACUCGGCGCGAUGGACUUUUCUCUGCGAUUUUCGGGGAGAAAAGUAGGCGAUACUCAGUAUGUCUCUGUUGCUCCCAGAUUCAGGGUUCGUCAUCUCCCCCAAUGUCCCCUCUCGCCCCUAAAGCUAAACCUGAUGAUUUUUUCGGCCUGUCACCGAAGCCAGGUACAUUGUCUGUGAUGAUGCUGCCCGUGGAGGAUGUUAAGAAUUAUGAAGUAAAGUAGCCUUUGGAGCUAUAUAUUUAUAAUAAUGUUAUAAUAUAUAAUUACACUUAUAUAUUAUAACGUAUUUAUUAUCUCAUAUAUUAUUGUUACAUUGGCUUGAGAGAAGAAAAGAAAUAGUUGUGGUAUUUUAUUUAGGUAAGAAAAAGCAAAAAAAAUAGUUAUGUUUUCUUAUUGUUAUAUUUGAAUGAAUAAAAAAAACAUGAUGUGUGUAAUGGAGUGAAAUUUUCUUUUGUACUUCCUUCCUUUGUAUUUUGAUGAAUGAUAUAUGUCACAGAAAUAUGAGUGAAA